AUGCCCAACAUUGAGGGGUUGUCACUAGCCGAACUCUUUACCUCGGAAAAAAAGGGUAACGAUGAGACUGGGGAUGGAACACGAGAAAAACCUUUUAAAACUAUUCUACAAGCAAUGCGGCAUGCAGGCAAAGAACCUUUCCCGACAAUUUAUGUGGAUGGGAAAGAAGAUGGUAAUGAGUACGAACUUGCCGCUAAAUCUCAACUAAAAAAAAUUCAGAAAAUCUGGACAAGAGAAAACUACAAGGCUGCAGACAAAGCCAAAGCAGAGGAUGAAAGCAACGACAAGAGGCAACAAAAUUUGGAUGAAGCGAAAAAGAUUGUCAUUAAAGAGGAUCCAUCACUUCCAAAGGCGAAACUUGUAAAGAUUUGUGAAGCUGGUGAACAUCGAGGUGAACGUAUAUGCAUCAGGGGAUGGGUACACCGAUUGAGACGGCAAGGAAAAUCCCUUGCGUUCAUUACACUGCGUGAUGGUACUGGAUUUCUGCAGUGUGUUCUACAUGGAGUUCUUUGUCAAACAUACAAUGCACUGGUACUAUCUACAGAAUCUUCUGUUAUAUUGUAUGGAAAACUUGAAGUUGUACCAGAAGGGAAGACCGCUCCUGGUGGUCAUGAGCUAACAGCAGACUUUUGGGAACUGAUUGGGCUUGCACCACCUGGCGGUGCAGACUCCAUAUUGAAUGAGGAAGCACUACCGGAUGUGCAGUUGGAUAACAGACAUAUAAUGAUCCGUGGCGAGAACACAUCGAAGGUCCUUCGUGCACGUGCUGCUGUGACGAGAGCCUUCCGCGAACAUUUCGCAUCGCGUCGCUACACAGAAGUGACCCCACCCACAAUGGUCCAAACCCAAUGCGAAGGAGGUAGUACACUCUUCAAGUUCAGCUACUUUGGGGAAGAGGCGUAUCUGACACAGAGCUCCCAACUAUACCUGGAGACAUGUUUACCAGCUCUCGGCGACGUGUACUGUAUUGCUCAGUCAUAUCGAGCUGAGCAAUCUCGCACCCGUCGCCAUCUUGCUGAGUACAGCCAUGUGGAAGCAGAAUGCCCAUUCAUAACCUUUGAAGAAUUGUUGGAUAGACUGGAGGACUUAGUGGUGGAUGUUGUGGACAGAGUGUUGGCAUCGCCUGAAGGACACUUGGUCUAUGAGCUCAACCCCAAAUUUAAGCGUCCCGAAAAACCUUUCAAGAGGAUGGCGUAUACUGAAGCAAUAGAGUACCUCCGCGCUAACAACAUCACCAAAGAAGACGGUUCGUUCUACGAAUUUGGAGAGGAUAUCCCAGAAAUGCCAGAACGUAAGAUGACAGACGCCAUCGGAGUACCGAUCCUACUGUACAAGUUCCCGGCAGAGAUCAAGGCCUUCUACAUGUCCCGUUGCGCUGAUGACCGUCGCUUGACCGAGUCUGUGGAUGUAUUGAUGCCUGGUGUAGGGGAGAUUAUCGGUGGAUCCAUGAGGAUCUGGGACCAUGAAGAGCUGCUGGAAGGUUACAAGCGCGAAGGUAUCGACCCAACACCAUACUACUGGUAUACGGACCAGAGGAAAUUUGGUUCCGUGCCUCACGGUGGUUACGGAUUAGGUCUGGAGCGUUUCCUCUGCUGGUUGUUGGACCGAUAUCACAUCAGGGAAGUCUGCCUGUACCCACGUUUCCUGGAACGCUGCACUCCUUAA